AUGGGGAUUUAUCUCAGCACCCCAAAAACUGAUAAGUUGUCAGAAGAUGGUGAAAAUGACAGACUUAGAUAUGGUGUAUCAUCUAUGCAGGGGUGGCGGUCAACCAUGGAGGAUGCAGGUGGGGAUUUUUGUAAGUUGAGGUGGCAGAUCCCUUUACUUAAUGUUCUGAGGUGGUCUGAAGAUAUGGCUGUAUUGACAACUGUUAAUAGUCUAGUGGUUACAACAGAGCAUGCAGCUUAUCUGGAUUUGGAUGCUUCCACGGCUUUCUUUGGCGUGUAUGAUGGUCAUGGAGGUAAACAAUAA